GUUUUCGUUCACGCUGGCCCUCUUCGUAUUUGCUUUCAAGGAGUUUGGAGCACUAGUUUGGGGCCUUAUAGCAAGUUCGGCCUUAUUGGCUCUCCUGCUGCUCGGACUGGGGGCGGCCAGGCGCCAGCAGGCUCAAGUCCUCCUUGGCUGUCUGGUGAUCGCAUCGAUCAUGGCAGCUAUUCCUGCCGGCGAGUACAUCGAGUCUACCUUCAUGGAUGAGUACUGGCGGCUUGGGUAUGGGGCCGCCUACGAAGGUGUGAGUCCACUUGCGCCUGGUCAGUCAUACCUGGACGCUUCAUUCAUGGCGUUCGACCGAACUGCAUUCAUCGAUGUCUCGAAGGGUCUUGGCUUCAUGAAGGGUGGGCACCUUUAUUGCGUUGCUCCAGUCGUUAGUAGAACCACUCGGGCCUCCAAUGCAAGCUUCUGGGUGACCGGGGUUGACUGCUGCGCACGGCGAGGCAGUUUCUCCUGCCUGGGCUCCCAGGAUGCUGCCCGGGGGUCUGGCAUCGUCCUCUCCGACAGUGAUGGCAUCUUCACGAAAGCCGCACGUAUGGCGCAGUCGGUGCAUGGCUUUGACAUUCUUCCCGAGUCGCAGAUACUUCUGCUCGUAUGGAUGCGAGAGCCGACCCUGUAUGCCGCAAGCUUGCAAGCAAGUGCGAUGACUUUCGUUGGAAUCACCAUCAUUGCCUUCUUCCUGCUUGGUUUGUGCCUGGGGCACUGUGCAGUGCAGAGCCUCCCCCAGCGGAAGUUCUGA